AUGGCACCUGGUAAAGUCUCUAAGCCCUCUCGAAGUGAUGCUAAACCAAAGGUUACGAAACAACCUCCAAAGAAAGUGAAGAAAUCGGUUAAAGUGCUGUCCAAAGAUGUUAACUAUUCGUUAUGCAUUCCCACUACGCUUUUAAGCCAUUGCAAGAAUCUAGAACAGGUAACCUAUACCGUUUAUCAAGUGGCAAAGGCAGCUACGAUGUUUAAUGUGGGGGAAAUUGUGGUAUUGGAUCUGGGUACAACCUCAGGGACCACCAAAGAGAAGAAAUUAUCGGAUUCCAUGCUAAUUGCAUCUCUCUUACAGUAUUUUGUUACACCGCCAUAUUUGGUUAAUACGGUCUUCAAGCAAAAGUACUUAUCCUAUUUCAGAGAAGCUUGCAAACUACCAAGAUUACCAUCACUACCGUUCAUGAGGUAUUUACAAGCAGAUGAAGGCCGUUAUAGAGAAGGGUUGGCCAUUAGAAUGUCGAAACCUGGUACGCAGGGAAAGAAGACUAAAGAGUUCAAACAGACCAAAUAUGUGAAUGUGGGGAAAUCGGAGGCAUUAGAAUUGAAAGCGCAACUAGUACCGGCAAACGUUCGUGUCACCGUCGAUGUGGUGGAACGUAAGGUGGUUUCACCUAAGGAAGCCUAUGGUGACUUUGUUGGGGCUCAAUCUUCGUAUGGAUACCAAGUACGUAUUGCCAAAAAUUUUGGUGAUGUUUUCAUGGAGAGUGCCUUUGCAGAUGGAUAUUCUCAAGCGCUUUGGGUCAAUUGUGACGAUUACUACUACAACGAAGAGAAACAACGCAAGCUGCUGCCCUUUGUGGACAGGAUAGUACGACCUGAAACAGCAUCCCAAAAUGUUUCCAAUGUACUAUUAGUCUUUGGUAAGUGGAGGGACGUGCAAAAGAGUUUUACAGCAUCGAAGGACCAGUUCGAGGGCGUGGAGGGGGCCCAUCAAUUUUUCGAUGGUCAAGUGGGUCUUCCUGGUGGACUUGAAGGUUGUAUACCGAUCCAAGACGCCUGCAUGGUGUCAUUGGCGGUUGCUAAAAAUUUGGUCAAGUAG